AUGUCAGAGCAAAAAACUGGGAAGCUUGACAUAGGAUCUCAGGCAGACGACUUCAUCAAAUAUUUUAUGAGAGAGAAAACUCAUGUUUCAUUCUUUUAUGAUGCUGAGGAAUUGAGGUUUGAAAUCCAAUCGGAGGAUGUUGUCCAUGUGGAGAAAAGAGAAGUUACCAUGAGCAUACUUGGGACCCUAAUUUCAAAAAGCUACAACAUGGUCGAAGCAACAUUCACCGUUACUCCUAGGAAGGAAGACAUUACAAAAAGCUGCGUGGAGUACACCUUCGAGUUCGACGAAAAGAUUAACAAUUGCACCGAAGAAACAGAGAUCGUCGAAUCUCUACUCACGUACAUCUUAAUAAGCGAUGGCAAUAACACUAACGGUGAUGAUUUUAGGUACAACUCCUUUGUCGCUGGGUAUCCGGCGACAGAAUGCUUUAAACGUUACCUCAACGAAUUUCGCGAUGAUGAUGACGUGAGCCUGGUGGAAGUGAAUUCGCGGCCGAAAAGAAUAUUUACUGUGGCUUUCAAUGACGCUCCUAAUUUGGUGGUGCAUAUGGACGAUGAAGAUGAAAGUCUUUUCCAGAGUAUCGAAGUAACCAUCACUAUUACUCCUAUGAAAGAUGAUAACAGACGUAGCCAUGUGAAUUGGACUAUCAAGGUCCAGAAGUCUGAAGAUCGAGAGGGAGUAUCACGCCUCUUUCUCGAAACAGCCGAUCAUAUCCGUGAGACUAUUAUCCUUGCAAUUAAGACUCUUGAAUAA